AUGGCGCUCGCUUAUGGUCAAGAAGACUACAAGUCAGUGUAUAGCCCGCAGCGAGAAGUCAGUCUCUUUGAGCGAAUGGAAGAGACUGGGAACGUGACGUUUGUCCUGAAGCGCAACUUUCGUGCCAGACGCCAUGCCGCCGAAUUUGUUAUCGAGGCAUUCUACGGCCGGGAUAUGACUAUUGUCCACCGUCAAGCCACCGAAGCGACUAAAUCAUUCAGUGAUUGGGCCAAGACAACAUUCGGCGCUCGCUCUAAUACCUUCAUGCUACGCACCAAGAGAGGCGCAAAUGAGGCAUCUGUCGGUUUCUCAUUCAACAACCGUUUCAAUGCGAACUUCGUCAUCCAGACAAUUAUUCAGCUGUACCGUGACGGAAAGAUCCUAAACGCAGAUGACAUCCAAAACUCGGCUUUCCCAGUACGACGCGGUUCUGUCCUGAUCAUCACUAGCUACAAAGCGCAGAAGAACAUGUACCAAGGACUUCUGGAGCAAGUGAAUGAAGCUGAACUGCCUAAGGAACUCGUCGAUGUUCGAACUAUCGAUGAAUCUCCAAGCUUUGAGGCUGAUGUCGCGUUCGCCGACCUUGUCCGCACGAACAAGCGAAUCGGACACAUCAACGAUAACAAACGGCUCAAUGUUGCCAUGAGUCGAGCGAAACUAGGUACCGUCAUCAUGGGACCAGGUCUCGAUGUUGACUGCACACGAGCUCCGUUUUCGCUACUGAUCGAACACUUGGGAGAACGUCAGUCGAUUAUCAAAAUCAACACCAAGGUUGACUUCUCCAUCAUGUGCGAGAACUGUAUACAGCCAGGUCACGACGCGUCCAAGUGCCCUCACACACCUUAUUGUGUUCGAUGCAAUGAACGUCACGCAACCCGGCACUGUCCACGAGCUGAAGAGGAUGCGAUCUCUCACUAUGAACAAGACAAGAUCAUGGCUGACGACGGAAUCAAACGCAAUAUCCGCGCCAACACAGCAAUGAUGAUGUCGGAUCUCAAGCGCGACAAGGGCAGUAAAGGCAGGGGUGGUCGAGUCAAGCCUCGAAUUGAGAAGGACGACGAUCCUCGGGCGUUCAAGGAAGCUUGGAAAGUGUUUAAUGCCAGGUCUAUGGUCGACAACUAG